AGCAGAGUCGGUGAAUCUGCUCGGCAGCUCUGGUGGGCGGCAGUCACUCCACACAGAGGACAGCGUGCGUCUUUAGUUUUGACGCUCCGGGAAUUAACACACCCUCAAGAUCAAACACCUUGAUGAGAAGGGUCAAGCUAAAAUUCCCUUCGGACUUUUGACGUUUAGUCUAAGAAAAUCCCAGUGAGAAGGAGAGGUGCAUCUGUUAGUAAUUAUGGGAUUUACACCUUUCGUCUUCAACAAAGUUGUGGUUGCGCUGCUCGUCACCAGCAUCUGCGCGACCAAAAUAAACGUGCCGCGCCUGAGACUCUCCCAUAAAGACCUGCUGUCCACCAACAGGUCGUCCAUCUUUAGCGGCCAUGACGGCCAGCUCUCACUCAGCGCUGUCCUUCUUGAUGAGUACCGUGAUCGGCUCUUUCUGGGAGGUAAAGAUGUCCUGUACUCUCUCAUGCUGAGUCCCGUCAGCAGUGAAUCCAAAGAGAUCUACUGGCCCCCGUUACCUGGAAACAGAGAAGACUGCGUUCAGACAGGGAAGGAACAGACGGAGUGUGCCAACUUUGUUCGCCUCCUGCAGCCGUACAAUCGCACUCACCUAUUGGCCUGUGGUACCGGCGCAUUCCAGCCCAUGUGUGCCUUUAUCUAUGUGGGCCACAGAGGAGAGCACGUGUUCACCAUGAACCCACUGAAUGUGGAGAGUGGGCGAGGAAAGGUUCCACAUGACCCCAGCUUUCCGUUUACAAGCACCUUUAGCGGUGGUGAGUUAUACACAGGACUGACUGCAGAUUUUCUUGGAAGAGACUCUGUGAUCUUCAGGAGCAUGGGAGGUCGCACCACCAUGAGAACUGAGACUGACCAGAAGCUUCUUCAUGACCCUCGGUUCAUCGCUGCCCACAUCAUCCCGGAUAACGAUGACAGGGACGAUGAUAAAGUGUAUUUUUUUUUCACUGAGAAGGCCUCAGAGGGAGGGGACAAGGAGGAGGCCAUCCAUACACGAGUUGGACGAGUGUGUGUGAACGAUGUUGGAGGACAACGAGUUCUUGUCAAUAAGUGGAGCACGUUCAUAAAAGCCAGGCUGGUCUGUUCUGUUCCUGGACCUCAUGGCAUCGACACACACUUCAACCAGCUCGAGGAUGUUUUCCUGCUGCGGACCAAGGAUGAGAGAAACCCGGACAUCUAUGCAAUUUUCAGCACUAUCAGUAAUGUUUUCCAGGGUUUUGCUGUAUGUGUUUACCGUAUGGCUGACAUCAGAGAAGCUUUCAAUGGGCCCUUUGCUCACAAAGAGGGCCCUAACUAUCAGUGGGGCCCCUAUGAAGGCAGGAUGCCUUAUCCAAGACCAGGAGUUUGCCCAAGUAAAAUCACCAACCAGCCCGGCAAAGAGUUUGGCAGCACAAAGGACUUCCCUGACUCUGUUCUGCAGUUCGCCCGCAGCCACCCUCUGAUGUGGCGCCCGGUGCUCCCGGCACUUCGCCAGCCUGUGCUGGUGAAGGCCAACAUUCCUUACAAGCUGAAACAAAUUGUGGUUGACAGAGUGGAGGCAGAGGAUGGGCAGUAUGAUGUCAUGUUUAUUGGUACAGAUGUUGGAACGGUUUUGAAGGUAAUUUCCCUACAUGGUGGAAACAGUCUGGAGGCAGAGGAGGUCACACUGGAGGAGCUACAGGUCUUUAAAAUACCAAUCCCAAUCACUUCACUGGAUAUAUCUGUGAAAAGGCAAGCCUUGUAUGUGGGCUCUGCAGCAGGCGUGGCGCAGGUGAAGCUGCAUCGCUGUGAGACGUAUGGGAAAGCCUGUGCUGAGUGCUGCCUUGCCAGAGAUCCUUACUGUGCAUGGGAUGGAUCCUCCUGUGCACGAUUCGUUCCAAACAGCAAACGUCGCUUCCGCAGGCAAGACGUCAAACAUGGAAACGCGGUGCUGCAGUGUGUGGAUCAGAACGUUAGCGACUUGGACGUGACUGAGGACAAAGUUGUGUAUGGGACGGAGAAAAACAGCACCUUCCUAGAGUGUGUCCCUCGCUCGCCGCAAGCUUCCGUCACCUGGCUUGUCCAACGUGAUGACCGCAAGGAAGAGGUGAAGCUGGAUGAUCGUGUGAUGUCAACAGAUCAGGGUUUGCUGUUUCGUCAUCUCUUCCGUCAGGACGAAGGUGUGUACAUCUGCCGCUCCCGAGAGCACAGCUUCAGCCAAACCCUGGCCCGCAUCUCCCUCCAGGUCCUCCAGGCGGACACGGUGGAUGAGCUCAUUGCCCGUGACAUUGCGGGCAUCUCUGACGGGUUCAAAGAUCGGUCUCCAGGGAACCACAGGCCCUGGAUGCCUUGCAGCACGGGGCCUUACAGCAGGGGUCAAAUCGGCCAGUCGCGCACGUGGUUCAAGGACAUCAUGCAGCUCAUCGGGCCGUCUAACCUGCCUCACGUUGAGGAGUACUGCGAGAGGAUGUGGUGCAACGACAAGCUCCGGAGGAAGCACAAGAGCAUGUUGGAGAAAUACCGCCAAGCUCAGGAGAGUGCCAGGAAGGCGCGCAGUAAAGGCUCCGGAGAACGCAACCGGACGCCACGAGAUCUCAGAGGACGGCCAGAGUAACACCGGAGAGAAUGAACAAUUUGAAAUCAAAGAGAAAAAAAAAGAUCUUUUUGGUUCGGGUCAGGAUGGUUUUGGGAGCCAAUUAAAAGCCUGACCUAAUCAACCGGCGUAUGAGAAUCUGGUGGAUUAGUCUGUUUUUGCCAUAAAAUAAAUGGAAUGUUUUCAUUUUAAAACAAAGAAAAAAGAUGAAUUCAUUCAUUCGAGUGUUUGACAGUGAAGCACACGGUAACAAGAGACCUUUAUACUGAACUAUAUAUUACAGUAUAUUCCUAGAAUGUUUUUUCAAGUGAGAGUCGUCAAGAAUUUCUUCACUCGCAUCAUUCUGUUUUUAUGUUACAGUGACAAAUUUUGUCACAACCCUCUACGCCAAGAAAACUGCAAACUUGAGAUUUCUAAGAUAUGUGCAUGUCGGUGUGAUUUUGCUUAGCGUGGACCUUGUUUCAUGUUUGGUAUUUAUCCUUAGUGACUCUUAUGACUUAUUGUUUUGCUGAUAUCAAGCUUUUCGUUGUAAUUUGGAAGAACAUCUGAAAUUCUCCUGCACACACUCUUACAUUAGCAUAUCUCCUCUAAACGUUUAAUCCUUGAGUGAAUUUUGUUCUGUUAUAUAUGUAAUGCUUGAUAUUCUAUACUCUUCACAAACUCAGAUUAUCUGAAAUUUCACUCAGCUACAACACUGAAUGCAUAACUUCAAGUAUCUAAAGAUGACAUUUUCUGAGACGACUGUUGAUGGUUCAACGGAUCAAAGACGCAUGCUUUCAUUCUUACUGCCGUGGGCUGAACUUUUCUUUAAACACAAGAUAAAGAUCAAAAAACCCAACUUGCCGACACAGAGAUGGAAACUUCUCUGUGGCAACUGUUUGGUUACAGACUGUAGGAGACACAGGAAGACCAAAAAGUGUGUGAACGUUGUGGAUGUGCGGCCAAAAACGGAUCCCACCGAGCAAACCGUGGCAUCCGGCAUGGAGAUGUUCUGCAUAUCUUUUGGUUCCUUUGGAAGCGAUCGUCAGCUUUGGACCUGGCUUUGCUGGCCUACAGUGAUAUGGAUCCAGUUUGGGGCAGAUAGAAGGGGGUUGAAGCCCAAGUCGUUCUUUUGGUUUUUAAAUGACUUCGUGACCAGCUCAUUGUCCAGUUGCAUGGAGCUCUUGGAACACAGUUGUUGCCAGUCGGCUCCAGUGUUUAGAUGGACGUUACAUUGUGUUUUGCUGCUUUAUUGCAUUACACAUGGGGCAGUGUUAUUUAUAAAUCACUAAGGGUUUUGGCAUAAGAUCAUAAGAUCAUUUCGCAUGCAUAGGAACCCCUUUUCAUCACAAUGAAAUUGUUUGGGGUUUUUUUUCUCUAAUUGCAUUUUUGAAAAAUCUGUUUUCACAAUUUUUGCUUUUUUUGCCAUUUUAUGCAGUGAUAGUUUAAUCUUGUCCAUCAUGAGGUAAUAUUUUAAGGGACUUUUUCCUUAGAACGAUGGUUUCUUAGGUCAGGUCAUUUGUUUUCCACCUUUCUGUUGAGGUCCUCAGAGACGUGACAAGAAACCAUAACUCUCAAGGUUUUUGUGCUUUUUAUUUUGUAAAUACUAUUUUAAAAUGUUACUUUUAGAACAAUUCUUUAUGUAUUUACUGUUGUGUAAUUUUUUUUUUUAAAUAUGAUUUUUGACUGGAAUUAGCUCGGAUCCACCACUAUAAAGUAAGCAUAUGUUAAAAGUGGAGUAGCAGGGAUGGAAAAUGAAAAUAAAAAAAUAUCUUUGAUAUGAUAAAAAUACAUACAUGAAAAGGAGAUUAUGACUUAAAAAUGCAUUAAAGAAUAAAAAUGCUCAAUCCUUUAAAAUUACUUAGAUAUGAUGUUUUUAAAAACAACACUUUAUUAUACAUUAAUACAUGAAUAACAUUAAUUACAAGUAUGUAUGUUUCAUAUUAAAACCAUGAUUCAGAAAACUGUUUGACUCGAGUGCAAAACCCUGGAGAACUCCAUGGCAUGAAGAUAACAAACAUCACAUUACUGUAAAUAUAAAGAAGAUGCUGUACUAAUUGUGUUACUUUUAUUAUUAGAAAAAAAGGUAAUACUGAUUAGCUUUGUGGCUUCACUGAGUGAAUGGUUUUUCAAGGUGAAACAGAAAAAAAUGCUAGGUAACAGAGGAAAGUGUUAAAAUGGUUUCUUUAAAAAGGUACUGAAAGCAUCUAAUGCAACUCUUUUUGAAACUUCUAAAAUUCGUACAUUUUUAUAUUCUGAAUUACCUACAAAUUAUUCCUUUGUAUUGACACUUUGUAUUCUGAUAUGUAGAGCACAACAAAGCACAUAAAAUACCUUUAGGCUUGUUCUAAAUAUCGAUCAGUGUGUUCCUAAACUACAAAGAAAAAAGAAAAAUUUAAAUUAAAUAUUGAAUAAGUUUAGUUUAUGUAUUUGUUGGAUUUUUUGUUUCUUUUAGCCGAGAUUUAUUGCCAUCUAAUAACCUAAUACCUGCUCAAUUUGUAACCAUUAAAAUAAUGUCUGAACAUGUUUAAACUGAAUUAUCUAUUUUAAAACAGAACUUGACUAAAUCAACACUUAGCUCUGAUAGUCAAGUCAUGCAGUCGUUGACAUGAACAAAUCUAGUUGUCUUUAUUUAACAGUGAUUUUUUUUACAGUUCAAUAAGCAGUUUUAUUUUUGAUGUUUUACUUUUAAGCUUGUGUUCUUUUCCAGAGUUAGAAGUUCAUAGAAAGUCUGUAUUUAAAACUGAAUGCAGAGUUUUAAUAAAGAAAAGAAAAACUCGUCUUAAAAUGAACUUUGUGAACAACUUUGUAAGCUGGUCAACGGGUGGAAAAGGAAAAUUAAAUAUGUAUUUAUGUUUUAUUUAAGUCUGUUUCUACCAUGCAUGCUACAAACUUGUAUACUGUUUAAAACAAUUAAAGGUUGAUUGUUUUUAAA